AAGAUAACAUCGGAGGCAAGAGGCCUUUUAACAGCUCUCUGAAAGUCAACUGCCUCCCCAGUGCAUUCCUUGCCUUGAAACUGUGUCCUUUGGCUGUGCUACAGGGUGAUGCCCAAGGUGCAUCACUUCUCAAGAACUGGAUCAUGAACAACUUUAUCCUCCUAGAAGAACAGCUCAUCAAGAAAUCGCAACAAAAGAGAAGAACUUCUCCCUCCAACUUUAAAGUCCGCUUCUUUGUUUUAACCAAAACCAGCCUGGCGUACUUUGAGAAUCGUCAUGGGAAAAAGCGCACAUUGAAGGGCUCCAUUGAACUCUCCCGAAUCAAAUGUGUUGAGAUUGUGAAAAGUGACAUUAGUAUCCCAUGCCACUAUAAAUAUCCAUUUCAGGUUGUGCAUGACAAUUACCUCCUGUAUGUGUUUGCUCCAGACCGUGAGAGCCGGCAACGCUGGGUUCUGGCCCUUAAAGAAGAAACAAGGAACAAUAACAGUUUGGUACCCAUGUAUCAUCCUAACUUCUGGAUGGAUGGGAGGUGGAGGUGCUGUGCUCAGCUGGAGAAGCUCGCAGUGGGCUGUGCCCAGUACGAUCCAACCAAGAAUGCUUCAAAGAAGCCUCUUCCUCCUACUCCUGAAGACAACAGGCGAUCACUCCAGGAACCUGAAGAAACCCUUGUCAUUGCCUUGUAUGACUACCAAACGAACGACCCACAGGAACUUACGUUACAACGCAAUGAGGAAUACUACCUGCUGGACAGUUCCGAGAUUCACUGGUGGAGAGUGCAGGACAGGAAUGGGCAUGAAGGAUAUGUACCAAGCAGUUAUCUGGUGGAAAAGUCUCCAAAUAGCCUGGAAACCUAUGAGUGGUACAAUAAGAGUAUCAGCCGAGACAAAGCUGAAAAACUUCUUUUGGACACAGCCAAAGAAGGAGCCUUCAUGGUACGAGAUUCCAGGACUCCAGGAACUUACACCGUGUCUGUUUUCACUAAAGCCGCUGUAAGUGAGAACAACCCCUGUAUCAAGCAUUAUCACAUCAAGGAAACUAAUGAUAACCCCAAGCGAUAUUAUGUGGCUGAAAAGUAUGUGUUUGAUUCCAUCCCUCUCCUCAUCAAUUACCACCAGCACAAUGGAGGAGGUCUGGUCACUCGACUCCGGUAUCCAGUUUGUUCCUGGAGGCAGAAAGCCCCAGUCACAGCAGGACUGAGAUAUGGGAAAUGGGUGAUUGAUCCCUCAGAGCUCACUUUUGUACAGGAAAUUGGCAGUGGGCAGUUUGGGUUGGUGCAUCUCGGCUACUGGCUCAACAAGGACAAGGUGGCCAUCAAAACCAUUCAAGAAGGGGCUAUGUCGGAAGAGGACUUCAUAGAGGAGGCUGAAGUCAUGAUGAAACUCUCUCACCCCAAACUGGUGCAGCUGUAUGGGGUAUGCCUAGAGCAGGCCCCCAUCUGCCUGGUGUUUGAGUUCAUGGAGCACGGCUGCCUGUCGGAUUACCUGCGCAACCAGCGAGGACUCUUUGCUGCAGAAACCCUGCUGGGCAUGUGCCUGGACGUGUGUGAGGGCAUGGCCUACCUGGAAGAGGCAUGUGUCAUCCACAGAGACCUGGCUGCCAGAAAUUGUUUAGUGGGAGAAAACCAAGUCAUCAAGGUGUCCGACUUUGGGAUGACAAGGUUCGUUCUUGAUGACCAAUACACCAGUUCCACAGGCACCAAGUUCCCAGUGAAGUGGGCAUCCCCGGAAGUCUUCUCCUUCAGUCGCUAUAGCAGCAAGUCAGAUGUGUGGUCAUUUGGUGUGCUGAUGUGGGAAGUCUUCAGUGAAGGCAAAAUCCCGUAUGAAAACAGAAGCAACUCAGAGGUGGUGGAAGAUAUCUCUACUGGAUUUCGCUUAUACAAGCCCCGGCUGGCCUCCUCAAAUAUCUACCAGAUCAUGAAUCAUUGCUGGAAAGAGAAACCAGAAGACCGGCCACCUUUCUGCAGACUCUUGAGUCAACUGGCUGAAAUUGCAGAAUCAGGACUUUAGCAGAGACUCAGCGCCAGGCCACGGGCUGCAGAUCCUGAAUGGGGGAAGCAGAUUCUCCAUUCAUAGAGCAUUAAAAGCUGCCACCAGCCCAGGACUCCCCAGAGGCAGCCGGCCUGUGGCGCCAGUCACUGAGCUGCCGCGGAGGCAGCACCCUGGCAGGGGCUGGCACCCAGCCGCAGGCAGGAGGCUCAGCCGCUGAACUGGGAGUGAAGCCAGAGCAGCCGCGAUGUCUCUACCCUCCUUCCAGCCUCUUGUGUGUGGUGCACGAACCUCAAUCUGACAGCUUUCAGGCAACGUUUCUUGCACUUCUUAGAGAAAAGGAGAGAUGGGGUAGGACUGUGGAUUAUUAUUUUUGUUAUUAUUUCAAACAUGAAAUAUAAAGUUUAUGGUCAAGGGUUUAUGAGAUCUAAAGCUUAUGGUCAAGGGAUUUUUACUUGACCUGACAACACAGAAUCCCAGGAUACGGGGCAAGAUAAAUGAGGAAUAGGACUCUUUUUCAAGGAGAACCGGCGAACUAAUUAAGGUCAGGAGGUGUAAACUCAGCCGCUGUGAUGUCGUCAGCCGCAGCUUCCUGCCGUAGAGGGUGAUGGAACUAAUGCUCACAUCUGAGGCCGGAUAAUCUAGAAGCAGCUUAAUGCAUGUUACUCAUCCAGCACAGUGCCACUUUCCUCCUUGAAGGGACACAAUGGACUGGGGUGAACGAUUUCUAUCUC